UUUUGGACCAACUAAUUAUCCGUGUAUCCAAACACUUGAAAUGUUUAUCACUCUCUCUUGUAGAGAGUCCCGCCUUCACAAUCACAACAACCGUACUCGAUACUUUUUUGCCAAAUUCAAAUUCUUUCUCUUUCUGUGAGUUUCGCCAUGAGCUAUCCCAUUCUGAUUCUCGACGAUGACGAUGAGGCGACUCCACCUCCGUAUCCGUCAAAGAGGGCUCGAAAAAAUCCAACCCCUACGAUUCUGAACUUGGGCUCCGAUACGCCACCGCCGGGAUCCGCUUUUACUCCGUUGCUCCUCGACGAGUCACCUAUCGCUGGCGAUGUCACCGUCGUCAAGUGUUCCGGAGCUCGAGUUUCUUCACACCGAGAAGACAAGUUUUCCGGUAAAAGAGUAAUAUCACUUGACUCUGAUUCCGAAGACAAUCCUCGACCUGAAACCUCAAACAAGUAUGAGUCCAUGCCUGUUGAUUUUAGGCAGCCACGCACUGGAUUGGAGUGUGGAACCACUGAUGAAGAUUCCGAUAAUAAUACUGAUUGGAUGCAGAGAGCCAGUUUUCGAUCUUCACUUCCCAACGAUGCUGUUGAGGUCGAUUCUGACCAAGAGAAAGAAGACAUAAGUCUUGAGCAAAUGGGUGGAGGGAAGCAGACCACAAGUUCUAAAAGUGCAUCUCUUUCUGGUAAAGCAGUGCCAAAAAAGAAGUUGUCAAAGGAUGAAAGAAUCCGUGCGGCAGAGGAAAAGAAGUUAAGAAAAGAACAAGAGAAAUUACAGAAAGCAGCUCUGAAAGCAGAAGAAGCCGAGCGUAAAAAGUUGGAGAAGGAAAAGCAGAAAUGGGAAAAGGGAAAGUUAGCCCUUAAAUCUAUUGUUGCCGAGAUUGAUACUAAAGUGGUUGAAGGAUCCAUUGGAGGAUUUCUGCUUUCAAGGCUCGCAGAGAAAGGCAUUUCAUACCGCCUAGUCACUAAUCCAGUUGAGAGAUCCAUUGUGUGGACAAUGUCAAUUCCACAGGAGUCUCAGCUUUCUCCCGAAGGGACCAAGAUUCCUUAUGUAUUACUUGUGUAUGAGGCGGAAGAGUUUUGUAAUCUUGUUGCUAACGAAAGUCUUCUAGAAAGAGUCUCAAGAGUACAGGACCGAUACCCAUCUUAUACUGUGUGCUGCCUCACCAAUAAGUUAAUGACCUACGUAAACAAAAGAGAAAAGGAAGAGUAUAAGAAGAACCCGGGAAAAUCCAAUGGUUGGAGGCAGCCUCCUAUCAAUGAGGUUCUUGCAAAAUUAACAACUCACUAUGAUCGAGUGCACUCCAGGCAUUGUGUUGACGAUCCUGAGGUGGCUGAACAUGUUACUGGUUUAACAUUCAGCCUGGCCUCUUGCCAGUUCAGGAAGAAGAGUUCUUGGUUAUCAGUAAGUGCUAACGGUGUGGUAGCAUCCAUGAAUUCAGCUGACAAGCACUUGAUUACUAAGAGUCCAUGGUUAAAAGCGUUAGUAGCAAUACCAAAGGUACAGCCAAGAUACGCAGUAGCAGUGGGGAAGAAGUAUCCAUCCAUGAAGUCUCUUCUUAAGGUUUACAUGGACCCUAACAAAUCGGAACAUGAGAAGGAGGUUCUUCUAGAGGACUUGAACUUGGAAGGGGUAACAGGAGAUGACAGAAGGUUAGGGAAAGUCGGUUCAAAGAGGAUAUACAGAGUUCUCAUGUCUCGUAAUGGAGCUAUUACGACUGAUGAAGUUGAAAACGGUCCUUCUUCACAGACUUCAUUCUCCACAUGACAUGAACAGUAGAGUGAGUGAUUGUGUCUGAGAUUCUUUUCCUUUUUUUUUUUUUUGUCAAAAGUUUACAUUCUCAACAGUUGUCGUCACUAACACGUUUAAAGUUGUGAUUUAAUUUCUCUAAAAUAAUUGAUUGAUUAUUUCAGCAAUGUCUUACUCAAAAUUUGAGCCCAACAGAACUAAAUAUUCAGC